CCGAAGAGGAAGAAGAGGUGAUUCGUUGUAUUUGUGGUAUUCUUCGAGACGAGGGAACAAUGAUUCAAUGCGACAAAUGCGAGAUAUGGCAACACUGCGAAUGUGUUGGAGUCAAAGAUGUCGAUUCAGAGAAGCAGUACUUUUGCGAGAAGUGUAAUCCCCGUCCCGUCCCUACAGAAAUACCAUUACCUCCGAGUCAAACACCGCCGGGAAAGUUAAACGGACAUAAAUAUUAUUUAACCCUUCAAUCCAAUGAUCUUCACAUUAAGACCGGAGACUGUGUCUACAUAUACCGCACGAAAGAAGAUGAUAAGCAUAUG